AUUUAAUGAAAAUCAGUUGAUUGUGUUUAAGGGAGAUCCAGAAAGUGACAUAGUGCCUUACACAGUUCAUUGUUCUUAUUUUUUAACAGAGAAAGAAGAACAUAAAGUCAUUAUUUUAAAAGAAUGGGGAAGCAAGAAUAUGGGAGCUCUUUCAAUGCCUAAAGCGCAGCCAACACCCAACAAGCAACAGGCAGGACCAUCGGACACUGUACCGGGAAAUGCUGCUGUGCCAGAAAGGAUGAUAGACCCAAUACUUCUCUAUUUGAGAAUAUCGGAAAUAACAGGAGAUAGGCUGUUCCAUUUAAGUUGUAAGGUGAAUGUAAAAAAAUAUUUGGAGAGGGAUUUCAAUAGACUAGCAGUACUCAGAGUGUGUGAUGGUACGAGAACUUCAAAAAAUUUCAGAAAGUGGGACAUAGAAGAAAGCACUGAAGAGUAUGAAGAUGAAGUUUUUGCACCAGCUAAUUCUGAAGAAAUAGAUAUUAUUGUCUUUACAAAUGUUAAUAGGCUUGACAAUGUCAAUGUAAGUGUUUUAUUUGUAUUGUCUGUCCUGGACAUUUUAUCCUACUGCAUGUACUACUUUUCUGUAAUAGUGUAUUGCCACAAUAACUGAUAUGCUAUAUUACAUAAGUGAUUAUUGUAUUUUACAAAAAUACUUUUUUAUAUAGUUAUAAUUCUGAAUGAUCUGGCAUUCUUUAUCCACUGACAAUAAUG